GAUGGCCCACUAAGGUAGGUUGUUGAGUCGCGUCUGGUUCAUAGGGCACCCAUCAGCCACCAGGACAUCCAUGGUGAAGAACACCCGCAGCAGGUCCACGAAGGGCAGUCUGAGACUGGCCGAUAUCAGGGCUUACAUGGAGAGCUGAACCACCAUAAUGAUGUUCAUAUCCGGGGUGUUACUGUUUAUUCUGUAUGGAUCUAUCGGCUUUACCGACGCGGCGCCCCGCAGCGCCUCCUACGACUCUGCGUCGCCGCUUUCCAGGAGGCUCCGCUCGGCCUCAGUGACCGAGGUGCUCCCCGGCACCUCUCUCCACCAGCUACCGGAGGACUGGGGUGUCCUGCGGGCUCUAAAAAGACUCAUCCGUGCGCCGGGCCCCCCUUUAAGCGCACAGGACAUCGGCGGCAGCACAACCCCGGCCAGGCGGCCGGGCACCGAGCCUUUCUCACAACAUGUCUCCAGCUCGGAGUCGGACUGGAGACGGAGACCAGGAGCCGCCAGGAGGUCCACCGACGCUCAGACAUCCGUGUUUUCUCCGGAGAAGAUGCUGCAGAUGGUCUCUAUGAUCCCCCAGCGCACUGCGAACGAUGCGUGGUCAACGGAUCACAUCGACACGUCUGUUCCUUCAAAGGACCAGGGCCAGGAGGUGGCGUGUAACUGCAGCACCGGUGGCGAGGGCAUCCUGGACCCAGAGGAGUGUGACGUCCGGACCGGCCGGUGCUCCUGCGUGUCUGGCCACAGCGGGCCGCAGUGUGAUGACUGUGAGGACGGACACUUCACCAACAGCACCGGCGGCUGCCUGCCCUGCCAGUGCGACUCCUACGGGGCUGUGGACCCCCUUUGUGACAGCUCAGGGACGUGUGUGUGUAAGAGGGGCGUGGACGGGCCCAAGUGUGACGACUGCCACCCUGAAUUCUUCCACUUCAGCAGCACCGGGUGUCAACCCUGCCGGUGCAACAACCACACCAACUACUGCCACCCGCAGUCCGGUGUGUGUCUGAACUGCAUGAACAACACCCAGGGGGACAACUGUGAGGAAUGUCAGCCCAACUUCUAUCGGCCGAGCAGCACCGCGGAGCUGGGCCAGUCCUGCUCGCCCUGCCCCUGCUCCAAAACCUCCACCACGGGCCGCUGCCACGCAGACUCGGCAGGCCAAGCUGUAUGUGACGCGUGCCUGCCCGGCUACACUGGGCCACGCUGCCUUACCUGCACCCCGCGAUUCUUCCGCUCGGAGGGGGCGUGUCUUCCCUGUGAGUGCCAUGGCAAUGCAGACCCCAGCGGUCCUCCCCAGAUGUGCGAUCCGGACACAGGCCGCUGCUUGGGCUGCUCCCCCGUGACGACCGGCGAUAAGUGCCAGUUGUGCGCAACGGGCUUCAGCGGGAACGCCCAGGCACAGAACUGUACCCGAGCACCAGACGUGCGGGCCGCGUCCGAUCCCGGGACCACCCCCCCGCCUCUCACCACGCUCCCUCCCAUCAUGACUUCGCCCGCUACGACCCUCGCCGACCCCUCCACCACCGCCUCCUCCCACAGCAACAACAACACCACCAUCACCACCAGCCCGGGCACGCCGGCCGCGUCCACCCAGACGGUGGCCAGUACUCUAGGGGCGUGGCCCAGCGACAACACUACGGCGCCUAGCGACGUGUCUUGGACCCAGUUCAACGUCAUCAUCCUGGCCGUCAUCAUCCUGGUGGUACUGGUGCUGUUGGGCUUCGUGGGCGGGGUGUACGCAUACCGGGAGUAUCAGAACCGCAAGCUCAAUGCGCCGUUCUGGACCAUCGAGCUGAAGGAGGACAACAUCAGCUUCAGCAGCUACCACGACAGCCUGCCAAACGCCGACGUGUCGGGGCUCCUGGAGGACGAAGCCAGUGAGGUGGCGCCCAACGGCCAGCUGGCCCUCACCACGCAGAGCAACUGCUACAAGGCUUAGGCCCCGCCCCACAUCCACCAGACUAUACACUGCUACGAUGUUCAAUCUAAACACAGGCUCCUCCUCCUCUUUCUCCCUCCUCCUCCUCCCCCCUCCUCUUCUUCUUCCUCCUUGUCCUCCUUGCCUUCUCCUCCUCUCCGUCCAUUUUUUCUGUUUUCUUUCACUUCUGUGUAUUUUCAUGAUGAAACAGGUGGACCAUUCCAAAAAAAGGCAAAGACAUUUAUUUUCUUGUUUAGCCACCAGGGGCCGCUGAUGCAUACUAACUGCUGCUGCCUUGGUAGGGAUUUUAUAAGGGGCCUAGCAUUUCAAAGUAAAAGUUCAAACCAACCAACUGACAAACAGUUUUGAGUUAAACCGGACCAGAAGAAAUGAUUGUUAUUUAAUUUAAUUUAUUGGUUGAUUACUUAUUUCUUUGAGAGAAAUGCUGCACAUGUUUAUUUGAAUGGUGUUUUAUCUAAUGUAUUAUUGAAUAUGGAGUUGUGGUUGACACACCGGAUAUUUUCCAUGUACAGUUUGUGUGUUUGUACACGUAACGGGAGGGCGGGGAGGGAGGGGUGGAUGGGUGGAAAACUUGCUGACGCAAACCAUUAUUAUUGUUUUAUUUUGCAAAUUGUAUACAGAUCCAGAAGGCCCUGGGUGUGUGACAGGUUGUGUUCCAUUGAGACUUCUCUAUAAAAGGCAGUAAAACUCA